UGCGUGCUCUACGCACUUUAGUGAGAACGUGUUAUGUCAAGGAGUAAUGUGGGCGUCCGUUCAAUGUUUACAUAUAAAAAUAUUCAAUCAUGAAAAUUCAGAGGCUCAAAAAAGUGCAAAAAAAUAUUGGAUUUUAUGUAAAUAAUUUCAAGUUCCGUCAACCUUAUCAAAUUCUAAUAGACGGAACGUUUUCUUUUGCUGCUCUUGAGAACAAAUUCAAUAUUCAUGAACAAUUAUCAAAAUAUUUUCAAAGUCAAGUUAAAUUAUUGACAACUCAAUGUGUCAUUUUGGAGACUGAAAAAUUAGGCCCAAAACUCUAUGGUGCCAUGUUGAUUGUGAAACAAUUUGCUAUUCAUAAGUGUGGACAUGAGAAACAGCCACUAACUGGUUCCAAAUGUUUGCAUUCAAUGGUUGGCUCUAAUAAUUUUGCAAGAUACAUUGUUGCCACUCAAGAUAGGUUGCUUCAAGAACAACUGCGAAAUAUACCUGGAGUACCAAUAAUUUAUUUGCAUGGUAAAGCACCGACACUGGAACCUCCAUCAACUGUGAGUCGUAAAUAUGCUGAAGAACUACGCAGUCACGCUAUUAUGACUGGUUUGCAAGAAAAAACAAUCGAAACUCUUAAAAAGCAAACUGGCUUAAAUACAGAAGUUACAGUUAAUCGAAAAAAAAGGAAGACCAAAGGUAACCCCAACCCAUUAAGUAUCAAAAAGUCAAAAAAAAUAAAAGACUCUCUAUCCAAAUGUACUAAUAAACACAAGGUGGACAAAACUGCUAAAGUGCGAAAAAGAAAAAGAAUCAAAAUUCCAGCUCAUAUCAAAGAAGUUUUCAAAGGUGCUAUUUAAUCUUAUGAUUUAAAAUGUAUAAACUUUAACGAUUUACUAAGCUUAAUAUCUAAUACUACAUGUGUACAUAAAAAACUAAUUUUCUUUGCAACACAAUUAUUUUCUCCUCAAAUAGUUGCAUUCUUAUAAACUGCAUUAUUCAGAUGAUGUUUAAAAAAAAACAAUGUCGAUAAGUCAAAAUUAUAAAGGCUUUAAAAUAUGCCUGGUAUAUGCAUUGACCUAUGGAUAGGCCUGGGAAAAAUUUAUUGUAACUUCUCUCCAAUAACUUAGUCGAGUAAACACCUAAGUGCUUUAAAUAAUUACUAUCAAUAAAUGUUCAUACCUAGAGUGGGACUCAUCAAUUGAAGACUGUUCUAUACAGACAUUUCGAUGCAAAAGAAAUUUUUAUAUCAAGGAUGAUUUUCAACUGCCAUAAAUUUUCAUGUUUAUACAAUAACAGAAAGUUGUAAAUCUCACCAAAUUAAUAGCCGAAAAUUAACCGUGAUUUUUGGCAUUUUUUGAGAAAAUGACUAUGAAACUCUGUAAUUGAUUAAUCACAUUCCAUAUGUGCACGUUUAUCGAUAGUAAUAGUUUCAAACAUCUACGACCUAUAAGUUAGGCAAACCGUUUAAGGUAAAUCGCGACUAAUCUACCUAGUCUGUUACGUAUUUGAUAUAUAUUCAUAGUAUGUAGCGUAACCUUAUCGAUGAUGUAAGCAAAUAAAAAUCACAUACGAUUGAAAAACUACAUAUUAGACACUAAUCU